UGAGGAUCCGGCCAAACCCAGCUACUCACCUAGGCACAUGCGCAGAUCGAACACUGCGAAGCUCCCGCGGCCCUGGUGCGCGUGACGUAGCACCGUACGCUUGUGCGUGAUGACACAAGGGCGUGCGCUCUGUAGCUCGUAGGGGAAGAUGGCGGCUGCACUUUCGGAGGAGAGGGAUUGAGACGCGGGGAGGAAAGAGGCCAGACAGGGAAACACUCUCAACUGUGAAAACGAACACAUCGCUUGACAUUAGGAGCUCUGCUCAACGCCAGACGGGGGACACAAUUCAGCCCAUAACAGCCAGCAAAAGGCCAAGUAACUUAAUGAUUUGUAUGGUGUGAAGCUGGACUAUGACAUAUGUGAAGCCUGGUUACUGUGGUGAGUGUCCUAGAAGGAAACAUCACCAUGGCCACGGAAAUUGGUUCUCCUCCUCGUUUUUUCCAUAUGCCAAGGUUCCAACACCAAGCGCCUCGACAGUUGUUUUAUAAGCGACCUGAUUUUGCACAGCAACAAGCAAUGCAACAGCUUACUUUUGAUGGGAAACGGAUGAGAAAAGCUGUAAACCGGAAGACCAUAGAUUACAAUCCAUCUGUAAUUAAGUAUUUGGAGAAUAGAAUAUGGCAGAGAGACCAGAGAGAUAUGCGAGCAAUUCAGCCUGAUGCAGGUUAUUAUAAUGAUUUGGUCCCACCUAUAGGAAUGUUGAAUAAUCCUAUGAAUGCAGUAACUACAAAGUUUGUUCGUACAUCAACAAAUAAAGUAAAGUGUCCUGUAUUUGUUGUGAGGUGGACUCCAGAGGGCAGACGAUUAGUCACUGGAGCUUCUAGUGGAGAGUUCACCUUGUGGAAUGGACUCACUUUCAAUUUUGAAACAAUAUUACAGGCUCACGAUAGCCCAGUGAGGGCCAUGACUUGGUCACAUAAUGACAUGUGGAUGUUGACAGCAGACCACGGAGGAUAUGUGAAAUACUGGCAGUCGAACAUGAACAACGUCAAGAUGUUCCAGGCACAUAAGGAGGCGAUUAGAGAGGCCAGUUUCUCACCCACGGAUAAUAAAUUUGCUACAUGCUCUGAUGACGGCACUGUUAGAAUCUGGGACUUUCUUCGUUGCCAUGAGGAAAGGAUUCUUCGAGGGCAUGGUGCUGAUGUGAAAUGUGUAGACUGGCAUCCAACCAAAGGGUUAGUUGUUUCGGGAAGUAAAGAUAGUCAACAGCCAAUCAAGUUCUGGGAUCCCAAGACUGGGCAGAGUCUUGCAACACUUCAUGCUCAUAAAAAUACAGUCAUGGAAGUAAAAUUAAACCUCAAUGGCAAUUGGUUGCUCACAGCAUCACGUGACCAUCUCUGCAAGCUUUUUGACAUCCGGAACCUGAAAGAAGAGCUUCAGGUGUUCCGAGGUCAUAAGAAAGAAGCCACAGCUGUGGCCUGGCAUCCUGUUCAUGAAGGACUGUUUGCCAGUGGAGGAUCUGAUGGUUCUUUAUUAUUCUGGCAUGUUGGGGUUGAGAAGGAAGUGGGUGGGAUGGAGAUGGCCCAUGAAGGGAUGAUCUGGAGUCUGGCCUGGCAUCCUCUUGGACAUAUUCUUUGCUCAGGCUCAAAUGACCAUACUAGCAAAUUCUGGACUCGAAAUCGACCAGGUGAUAAAAUGCGAGAUAGAUAUAAUCUAAACCUAUUACCUGGAAUGUCUGAAGAUGGAGUAGAAUAUGAUGAUCUUGAACCUAACAGCUUGGCAGUAAUUCCAGGGAUGGGGAUACCAGAACAACUAAAACUAGCUAUGGAACAAGAGCAGAUGGGGAAAGAUGAAUCAAAUGAAAUUGAAAUGACAAUACCAGGUUUAGACUGGGGAAUGGAGGAGGUGAUGCAAAAAGAUCAGAAAAAAGUACCUCAGAAAAAAGUCCCUUAUGCUAAACCUAUUCCUGCUCAGUUCCAGCAGGCUUGGAUGCAAAACAAAGUUCCAAUUCCUGCUCCAAAUGAAGUUCUGAACGAUAGAAAAGAGGACAUUAAAUUGGAAGAGAAGAAAAAAACUCAAGCAGAAAUUGAGCAAGAAAUGGCCACAUUGCAGUACACAAACCCACAGCUUCUGGAGCAACUUAAAAUUGAAAGACUUGCUCAGAAACAGGCUGAGCAGAUUCAGCCUCCUUCCUCAUCUGGCACCCCUCUCCUUGGACCUCAGCCUUUUCCAGGACAAGGUCCAAUGUCUCAGAUUCCUCAAGGUUUUCAACAGCCCCAUCCAUCUCAGCAGAUGCCAAUGAAUAUGGCUCAGAUGGGACCUCCUGGUCCACAGGGACAGUUCAGACCUCCUGGGCCUCAGGGACAAAUGGGACCACAAGGUCCUCCACUGCAUCAGGGAGGUGGGGGUCCUCAAGGAUUCAUGGGACCACAAGGGCCACAGGGCCCGCCCCAGGGGCUGCCCCGGCCUCAGGACAUGCAUGGACCCCAAGGAAUGCAAAGGCAUCCUGGACCUCAUGGUCCUUUGGGACCUCAAGGACCACCUGGACCACAAGGUAGUUCUGGUCCUCAAGGUCAUAUGGGUCCUCAGGGUCCGCCUGGCCCACAGGGUCACAUGGGCCCCCAAGGCCCACCUGGUCCUCAGGGCCACUUGGGCCCACAGGGGCCUCCUGGAACUCAAGGUAUGCAGGGACCACCUGGUCCCAGAGGAAUGCAAGGACCUCCUCAUCCUCAUGGGAUCCAAGGUGGGCCAGGCUCUCAAGGGAUCCAAGGUCCUGUGUCUCAGGGACCUCUGAUGGGAUUGAAUCCAAGAGGAAUGCAGGGACCUCCAGGUCCCCGGGAAAAUCAGGGUCCUGCUCCCCAAGGGAUGAUGAUGGGCCACCCGCCUCAAGAAAUGAGAGGACCUCACCCUCCAAGUGGACUGCUGGGACAUGGCCCUCAGGAAAUGCGAGGUCCUCAGGAGAUGCGGGGCAUGCAGGGGCCUCCACCCCAAGGAUCAAUGCUUGGCCCUCCCCAGGAACUACGAGGGCCUCCAGGCUCACAAGGUCAGCAGGGGCCGCCCCAGGGAUCUUUGGGACCUCCACCCCAGGGUGGCAUGCAAGGGCCUCCUGGACCUCAGGGACAACAGAACCCGGCAAGAGGGCCGCAUCCAUCUCAAGGGCCAAUACCAUUCCAGCAACAGAAAACACCUCUGCUAGGUGAUGGGCCUCGGGCCCCCUUCAAUCAGGAAGGACAGAGUGCAGGCCCCCCACCCCUGAUUCCAGGCCUAGGGCAGCAGGGAGCACAAGGCCGAAUCCCCCCUCUAAACCCCGGACAAGGACCUGGCCCCAACAAAGGUGACUCCCGAGGCCCUCCCAACCAUCACCUGGGUCCGAUGUCAGAGAGGCGACAUGAGCAGAGUGGUGGCCCUGAGCACGGGCCUGAGAGAGGCCCUUUCCGGGGUGGCCAGGACUGCAGGGGUCCCCCCGACAGGCGGGGCCCUCAUCCAGACUUUCCUGAUGACUUCAACAGACCAGAGGACUUCCACCCCGACAAGCGCUUUGGCCACCGAUUACGUGAAUUUGAAGGACGAGGAGGACCUUUGCCACAGGAAGAGAAGUGGAGGCGAGGGGGCCCCGGACCUCCAUUUCCUCCUGACCACAGGGAAUUCAGUGAGGGGGAUGGUCGGGGUGCAGCCCGAGGCCCUCCAGGGGCAUGGGAAGGCCGCAGACCAGGAGAUGAACGAUUUCCCCGGGAUCCUGAGGACCCACGUUUCCGAGGGCGUAGAGAAGAAAGCCCUAACUGCCUCCAAGGCCCCAUCUCCAAAUACCAUCACAGUCGGGAUUGGAACUUCAGUAUGAAGGAUGGGGGAGCACAAACAGUUCAUAACAAAAGCUUCCGAAGAGGAGCCCCCCCAAGGCACGAGGGCCGUGCUCCCCCCAGAGGAAGGGAUGGCUUUCCUGGUCCUGAAGACUUUGGCCCAGAGGAGAGUUUUGAUGCUUCUGACGAAGCAGCCCGAGGUCGAGAUCUCAGAGGUCGAGGUCGUGGCACUCCAAGAGGAGGAAGGAAGGGUUUACUUCCCACUCCUGAUGAGUUCCCUCGCUUCGAAGGAGGGCGGAAGCCAGACUCCUGGGAUGGAAACCGAGAGCCCGGGCCAGGUCAUGAACAUUUCCGAGAUGCUCCUCGCCCCGAUCAUCCCCCUCAUGAUGGUCAUUCCCCAGCCAGCAGAGAGCGCUCUUCUUCCCUUCAGGGCAUGGACAUGGCAUCUCUGCCACCCCGAAAGCGCCCCUGGCAUGAUGGGCCAGGCACUUCUGAGCACAGGGAGAUGGAGGCCCCUGGGGGCCCUGCUGAGGAGCGAGGAGGUAAAGGCCGAGGGGGCCCAGGACCAUCCCAGAGAGUGCCAAAAUCUGGGCGUUCCAGCUCCUUAGACGGAGAACACCACGAUGGAUACCACAGAGAUGAACCUUUUGGGGGCCCUCCGGGCAGUGGCACCGCUUCUCGAGGGGGCCGGAGUGGCAGUAACUGGGGUAGAGGGAGUAACAUGAACUCUGGUCCGCCAAGGCGAGGCACUUCAAGGGGUGGUGGACGGGGUCGGUAGAAGUGGGGUGAGUACCUUUUCGCCCCUCUGGACAGUAUUUAGAACUUCUUGUGGACUUUCCAAGCAAACACAAGGAAGUGUGCACCACUGUAGCUCUAAACUCUGGGACAGCUGUGCUCCCAGAGCCCCUGAGGGUGUCUUCGCGAUGAAGAGACUGCCACUGGCUACCCUGAGUAGCUGACCUCCUUUUGUGUCCUGUCCACCCUCCUUGCAUAACUCCCAUGUUGUUUUGUGAAGAUACAAGCUGGAAUCUUUUUUUAAGUGUCAUGAGACAUGGAGCGCCUCCUUAAAUUCAUGUCCAAUUGGAAAUUUGUUUCUAUAUGUACAGUUUGUCAGAGAAAAAACAUUAAGUUGUUUUUGUAUGAAUACAGAAUGUGAUUUACGCAAGAAUUAACAGAAA